AUGGUUCAAGAUGCAAGAUGCAUCGGAAUUUUUAUUAUUUUUACUGCAAAGAAACUUCUUUGGGUUCUGAAGGAACAGGGACAAUCUUGGGAUGGAGCCUAUUUUCGUGGAAUUAUUUUACAACAACAUGUAAUUCCAUUUCUUCGUGAUCCAACCAAUGUUCUCGACACAGAUGAAGUUACAUUUCUUGAUGAUAAGGCACCUUGUAUGAAGGCCAAUGCAACACAGCAUCUUCCUGAUAUGAAUCCAGCAGAAAACAUUGGUGCAAUUAUCAAAGACAAAGUCGAAGAAUUAAUGGCAAGUGAAGAUCGUCAAAACAGAUACAAUCAUGAUAUUCUUAAAACUAACGUUGAGAAUAUACUCAAAGAUCUCGAAAAUGAUACAGUUCUUUUUAUUGAUUUGCUGUGUUCAAUGAAUAAAAGAUUUGAUGCUCUCAAAGCUGCUGAAGGAUGA